UGUCAGGCAAUGAGCCUGAGUUGUAGGAUUCUGGGAGGCCUACGAUGCACAGGUUGUUCGUACCAGUGGAAGGAAUGGUGCCCCAUCAUUGGUGUCAGUGGGAGGAAUAGUGCCCCAUCAUUGGUGUCAGUGGGAGGAAUGGUGCCCCAUCAUUGGUGUCAGUGGAAGGAAUGGUGCCCCAUCAUCGGUGUCAGUGGGAAGAAUAAUAUUGGUGUCAGUGGGAGGAAUAGUGUCAUCAUUGGUGUCAGUGGGAGGAAUAGUGCCCCAUCAUUGGUGUCAGUGGGAGGAAUAGUGCUCCAUCAUUGGUAUUAGUGAGAGGAAUAGUGCCCCAUCAUUGGUAUUAGUGGGAGGAAUAG